UCGCUGAUGCCGCCGUGGCGAGCGGUUGUCGGAGUAUUCGGGUCUUGCUGAUGUUUGUGGCCGCAUGUUGAGCGUUGUCAUCCGAGUUACGAAGCUGACAAUACCGGCAGAUCUGUUGGUAAAUUACGACCGCAUCGGCGUAGGGCGUCAACUGGCUGUGGCGCAUUUCUCGGCAUGCGUGUUUUGAAGUGAAGUGUAGCGGUUUCAAACACGAGUGUUGUUGUGCGAAAGGUCAUCCUCCUUUCCUCGUGGAAGAAUUCGCCUGGCUUUUACAGUAGGCGGUGGCGGUGACGGUGUUUGAUUCAUCUUCAUGCGGAUACACAUCACGCCAUCGUCGCCAGCGUCACACGGUAAACUGGAUGCCUAUCCGAGCUGCGUGCCAUGACUUUGGCGGCGGACAUGCGGACCGACAUCGACGGGGCUGAGGGGGCUACGCACAGGCCUCGUCCCGAUGUCCUGUCCUGAACGCCAUGAUGCCUAGCAACAAGCACGAUCCCUACCAGGAAUUGGAGGCCUACCUCCGGCAAGCACAGGCCGAGGUAGGUAGGGCUGUCGAGGACCUGCUCGCCUCCGAGUCCCCGGGAAGCUCGUCGUCAUCGGCUGGAAGCCGCAAGAACUCGUGUCCCGACCUGUACAGCUACGGGGAUGCGGACGACUCGUGCCGGACGCCGCGCAAGUUCGUGGCCACUUACACGUCCCUGAGCGCGCCCAGACCCCGGCGCGGCGUCAAUGGAUUCGGCGGCUCCUCUUGCUCCGACAAGGCGCAGCCGACGGCAGCGGGCCUCGUCGUGACCAACGGCUCUCGAGGACGCCGCGCCAGCGACGGCGAACCGCCGACGUGCGCUUGGGACGCGUACUACGGCUGGGAGUCUCUGCAGCUGUCGCGUCCCCCCAGCGGCGACGCACACCUGCUGUCCAUCUACACCCAGCGCCUCGUGGAAGCGGUCAACGGGUCCUUUGCCGAAGAACUGUCCUCGCUCGAAAACGAUGAGGGGCCGUCGACCGAGCUGGGGAGGACCGAGUGCGGCAGCGACGCCGUCGACCAAAGUACGUCGGCCGUUCGGGAGGCCACCGAAGCCGGCCGCUUCAUCGGCGCUGCCGACGAGGAGCCGGUCUCGGCGGCGUCCGCUCAAGGGGACGGCGCAAGGAAUGGCGAGAGCGACUCGACGGCGGCGGAGGCUGCCGCCUCGCCAUUCGGCGAACGAGGCGAACUAGAUUCCCAGAGGAGAAGCAGCGACGACGGCGAAAGUGGCGCCGAGAAGAAAUCGCCACUGAUCCGGUCGUCUUCGUGGCCCGACCUGGCGACGCUGCGGUGCGGCCGCGCACCUUCGCAACCGCCGACGUCCUUGUGCGGCUCCAGCCGUGCCGCUAGCUGCCCGGAAACAGCGGCUGACAGAGCCAUGAGCGGCGUCGCGCCGUCUUCGGUCGGUGAUGCCGACAGUUGCCAGGCGCUCAGCUACGACGGCUCGAUUUACAAGAACCAGCAGCUUUACUACGAGCGCGACGAAGGCGGCGAGGAGGCGAAAGAAGAGUGUGUGCAGUCCGCGGACAGUCUGAGUUCUGUCAAGAACGUGCCCGCCGUGGAUGAUUUUACUGCAGUCGAGCUACGAAUCAGUGAUUCUGACCACGACGACGAGACGAGGGCGGCAGCCGGCUGCGACUUGCCCGAGCUGUUCAUCCGCGAGGACGAACGCGAUGAACCACCGCCGACGGCUCGAAGCGGCGUCAGCAGCGACUACCGCACCUCGGUGUCAGCCGUGGUUGCUCCGCCGGCGUCGUCGACAGCCGCGGCGCUGCGCGAAUCGUUCACGCUGGACCUGCGCUCGCCGGGGCUGGUGCGCAGCCGACUCAACCCGUACACGAUCGAGGUGAUCGCGAACCACGCGUCGUCGCCCGACGAAGUGCUGGCCACCGUGUCGACGCUCGAGGCGCGGCUGGCGUCGCACCCGCUGCCGCCGCUGGUAAUCGACGAGAACGAGCCGGACACGGGAACCUGGUCGUCCACCUCGACGGCUCACUCCGCUUCCACUGUGAGUCGCCACGAGUUGGAAGAGUUCCUAAAGAGCGUCGAACCGCCACACGAUCCUCCUGGUUGGCCGCAGGACGCCGUGACUCAGACGACGCCGGAGAUAUCGCGCAGCUCCAGUUUCACCUGGGUGGCCGAGGAGUGCGGCGAGGAGCUGGGCUCGUCCAAGGAGAGCCUGGCGGCUGCGCACGGCGAUGCGAAACCUUCGGCAAAGACGCAGCACCACACCCUGGCCGUCGCCACCCAGUCACCGUCGCCGGUGUCGAACUCAUCGUCCUCGUCGUCCUGCGACGCGCCACCGACGCCGCUGACUCCGAGAGCUUCGCCGAGCUCGCAGGAGGUCGUUUCUUCGGACCUCUCGGACAGCGCCGCGCACGGGGCGGUUAAGGUGACAGCGGCCAACGUAACGCGACCGCGGCCUCUGCAGAACGGCUCCAGCCCCUCCCUGCCCACGCUGGACGGCCGCGGGUGCGCCCAAUUGAGCACCCAGAGGCAACAUUCAUUGGAGGAGAAGCCGCAGAUCCGGUCUCUGUCUCGCCCCACGACAAAGGCGGCGGACAAGAAAUCUCCGCAAGUUGCGUCGUCGCUUCCGUGGACCUCGCCGCAGCAGCUCAGUCAUAAGGCGUCUUCGGCGCCAGUGUUGCUGAAAAAUAAAGCCCCGACGUCCUUGGGCGACAGCGGAGAGAAGAGGAGCCUGCUGCCGGACGCGGCGUCGGCGGGCAGCACCCCCGAAGAGGAGGUCAAGGCUUUCCUUCAAGCGAGGUCGCAGUCAGCUAAAGACAUCAAAGAAGUGGAAGCCGUCCAUGCUUGCGAAUGGCUGCGGCAGGCCGGAUUCCCCCAGUACGUGCAGAUGUACGAAGACAACAACUUCCCCGUCGAGAUAACGACCGUCCUCCGGGACCACCCGAGCCUGGAUCCGGAUGAGCUGCAGUCUUUGUUCAGGAGACUCAACACCCUGAACAAAAGCGCCCGGUUGAAAAGCGACGGCCUGGUGAAGCAAUCGAUGCACCACGACAGCGACGAGGAGGAAGGCCCCGCGCUCAGCUACAACUGGCAGUUCCACCGGAGCAGCCGGCGCUGGUCGCGGGUCUCUCCGCCCCUGCCCGUGGUGGUCACCCCCACGGGGGGUUCCUCCUCGCGCACGCCUCAGCACGUGCAGCAGCCCCAGCAGCAGCAGCAGCCCGCCGAGGCGUACAGCUCGCACGACAGCGUGUUCCUGGACGAGCCGCGUAGCAGUCCCGACAGCCGGCUGUCGACCAGCGACGAGCGCCUGGUGGGCGCCGACCUGGAGGGCUCGCCGGGGCCCAAGCUCCGGCGCAGCGGCUCGGAGCGGAUCCGCGACGCCAUCCUCCGCAGGAUGGACAGCCUGCGCGGGAACCGGCGCCGCAAGAAGCGCGGAGGCGCCUCGCAACAAGGUCCCGGCGCCGGCGGCGAUCCCACGGCGGGUGGCGGAGCAGGGGGCCCAUGGUCUAACCACUUAGGUCCCGAGAACCACGCGCUCAGCGAUUCCGAGUGCUCGCCCCAGCUGGCACACCGGCGUAAGACUGGAAGCUUCCGGUCCAGGCACAAGAACCAGCAGCCUUCGGCGCGCUGGCUGUCGGCGAGCUCGGAGCAUGGCCGCGCGAGCGUCUACGACAACGUGCCCGCCGGCGAAGCUCCCAACAACCAGGGCAUGUCCUUGCAGCAACAGCAGCAACAGCAGCAGCAACAGCAGCAGCAGCAGCAACAGGAGGAGCAGCAGCGACAACAAGACACGCAACGGGCGACGGAUACUGGUAGCAUGGGAUCGGGAUCCACGGGCAGAGGAGUCCCCGAGGAGAACGACAGGCCGGCGUACACCUCUGAGAGGCGAGACUCGGGCGUUGGCUCAUCACUCACCAGGGCUGGAAAUGGAAGUCCCUGCACCCAGGGUUCUGCCUGGCACUGCUUUUCAUCCUCACCUGAGCAGCUGACAUGCCUGACAGCGCUGCGCUACGAGCACUUGUCAGCAUCCCAGCUGCUUGUACUCAAGAAGCUGGCACUUCUUCACUUGACAGCUCUCAUGGAGCGGUUCUCGCCACCCUAUCGGUCAGGCUGGGGCUGGGCCGUCCCCAAGUUCAUCAAGCGCAUGCGUGCUCCUGACUACAAAGACAAGACAGUGUUUGGAGUGCCCCUUAGUGUGUCCCUUCAGCGAACGGGGCACACCCUGCCACCGUCUAUCCAAGGGGCCAUGGAGUUCUUGCGAAAGAGUGCCCCUGAGGCGACAGGCCUGUUCCGGAAAUCAGGGGUUCGCUCCCGCAUCCAGAAACUGCGGUCACUGCACGAGUCUGCCAUGGGGCCCAUUUCAUAUGAGCAACACCAGGCAUAUGAUGUGGCUGACCUGCUGAAGCAGUAUUUCAGAGAGCUUCCAGAUGGCCUGCUCACGAGCAAGCUGUCUGACACGUUUCUCUGCAUCUUUCAACACAUUCCAGAAGAACUGCGGCUGGACGCGCUGCAGGCAGCAGUCCUCCUCAUUCCAGACGAGAAUCGAGAAGUCCUCGAAACGCUCCUUGUGUUCCUCGACGACGUGUGCAGGCACGCAAAAGAAAACCAGAUGACCGUGGCCAACAUCGCAGUGUGCAUUGCACCGUCCCUUUUUCAACUGGCGGUGCCACGAAGCGCGAGUGCGAGUCCACGAAGGCGGGCAACCACGGUGGGCAUUCCUGACCAGCGCGAACUCAACGAGAACAGGGCAGCCCACGAGUGCCUGGCACGGAUGAUUAUCGACCACAAGCAGCUCUUUCAGAUUUCUCUGGAAACGCUGCAACAGUGUCGUCUGGAGCAGUACGAACCAAUGACCUUAGAUGAGCUUGGAAGCCUCAAGUCAUACCUCGAGGGAUGCCUUCAUGCCCUCAUCACCGAGGCUCGGGAGAAGAGCAAAGGCUGGGCAAACGUGCAGCAUGCUGAUGUUGACUUGGCCUUCAAAAAGCCAGGGGACGGUCUUCCACUGCGGCUGUGGCGAUGUGUUGUCGAGGUUGAAGCUCCCCCAGUUGAGCUUCUCACUAGGAUUCUUCGCGAACGUCACAUUUGGGACAACACGCUCAUCAAGUGGCGACACAUUGCCAAGCUGGACAAGCAGAGUGAGGUCAUCCAGUAUAUCUGUGGAUCCAUGAGGCCACACGCACCAAGAGACUUCUGUGUGCUAAGGGCAUGGCGUACGGAAUUGGCCAGGGGGUCCUGUGCCCUGGUGGAGCUCUCGGUCAAUCAUCCGGAUGCCACCGUGCUUCUUCGUGGCGUCAGAGCAGUUGUGCUUGCUUCCCGUUAUCUCAUCGAGCCCUGUGGGGCGGGCAAGUCAAGGGUCACGCACAUCAGCAGAGUGGAUUUCAGGGGUCGAACCCCGGACUGGUACAACAAGGUGUAUGGCCACUUGUGCGCCCUGCUGCUGGUCCGGCUUCGCGAUUCCUUUAUUCAACGCACUGAGGGGCCUGAGACUAAGGUCUGACACCCAGUCAGGCCCCACUGUCACUGUACAUAUCCCCGUCACAGGCUUCUGGCCCAUGAUGGGAGGGAGGCAGCAGGAGUGUGCACACACAAUCCCGCAGAGUUCUUCAAGCAGACUAGUUGCAAGGCUCAUUGUAGUAAGGCAGCGUGCUGUAAUGGCUUGGCAGCUGUGGUGCUCUGCCGCUAAGCAUGAAAUCACAAGUUUGAUUCCCAUCCCAUGCAUUGGGACUUCUGUGUAUGUUGAAGAACUCCAUGUGGUUUAAGUGAACUUUGUGCCCCUCUGCUGUGGCAUCUCUCAUAGCCUAGUUGUAGCUUCGAGUGGCUAAUACCAGUCAAACAUCCCAUAGGGCCUGUGUUUCAAGCCACAAUGAUUGGAUUGAAAUUUGGAAGUUUUUAAAUGGAUAUGUCACUUGUAUUGCUACUGCAAACCAGCAAGUGCAAUCUUACAGUGAAACCUGUGUGACCAAUUCCAGUUUCAUUUUUCCCCUCAUACAGCCUUGGCACAUCUGCCAGCUUGAAAAAAUUGCUCACGGGGAAGGCAACCUUAUGAGGCAGAACUUUACAGCCAGUAUGAUUGAAGAACUCUGACAGUUCACAGCCAGCACCUACUGUAGAAAUUUCAGAGCCAUCGGUUUCUCUGAGGGUGCAGUCCAAUUGCUGUUGAAGGGUGGACUGCCAAAUGAACAGCCAAAUACAAAGUGGCCAUGCUGAGAUUCAUUGCUCAUCAUAAAUGCACAGAAGCUAAAGGCUUUGAAUCUGUGUGCUGCAUCCACGAACACUGCAUAUCUGUCUGUUGACUGUCCUUUCAAGAAAGAUAUUGGCCACAACGUCAAAGCUAUCAUCGGGGAUGCAAGUUACACUUCCUAAAUCUACAGUUCCUCAGAAAGCAGCCAUCGUUGUCAUGCACAGCCUGCCUACAAAAUGAGCUAAAAUGGAACUUGGUUUCAAACAACAUUCAGUAGUUCUGUUUAGUUUUGAGUAUAUUUAGUUAUUAAUGUAGUAGUGUAAUUGGUACAACUAUAAUCAGCAGUGCUACAUUUAGUAAAUUUGGCAUAAUUGAGCUUGAUACUAUUAGUAUUGAUUAUGCAAGUGCAGUUUUGAUGUCAUGCAUAAGAUGUCAUGGUGCUGUUGUGUUUUUUUGUAUGGGAUGGUAGACUUUUUCUACAAAAGAAUUGGGAUGCACCCAAAGAGAGACAAUUAGCCAAAUUAGAAGGCUUUAUAUAGCAGUGGUGGCUGGCUUGUACAUAGCUACAAUUGUUUCACAUGAGAAAUUUGUCAAUGCAUUGCCUGCCAAUUACUGUUUGUUAUAGACUGUUAUCAUGUGCAUUUGAAAGUUUAUCGAGAGUUUUUCUUUCUGUUGCUUUCAGGGGUGUUGUGGCAGGAUGCAUUGUUACAUUCACAGAUUUGUCCAUCUGUACAGUGGGAGUAAUACAGCCUUACAGUAGGAUUAAAAAUUGGCACAUAUUCGGGCCGCUUAUCUCCAGCCCACAUUGUUAAAGUUAGCAUGUGUGAUAGAUGCCUUGCUAUGUAUAAUUCUGCUAGCCUAAGCCUCUUGCUUUUGACUAAAGUUGUUCAGGCCUGUUUUAAAGCAGGACAUGCCAUACUAGGCAACUGUAAAGGGCACUUUGUGCAUGUUUCUGCUCUGCUCAAGACGUAAUUUGACCAUUGUUCAUAUCAGCAUUUGACUUGCUGCCUACCUUGGGCAGUUUACAUACACAUCAAUACAUGAGCUUAUUUAAACAAGUGAUAUUUGUGCUCGACUCGUGAAGAAAUGAUUUUGCACAAAAACCGACCAAGACAUGACUACAUUAGAACAUAUCUCUGCUCUCAUUGUCACUCUUGUAGAGAUAUAGUAUAUCUAAUAGCCUUGAAUGAAUUCUUUUGCAAGUGUUUAAUAAAACAUUUCUGUGAAAUUUCAGCAGGUAAACAAUACAUUGGGUAGCAAUCAUCUAUGCUGACCGAGUACGUCGAGGCCUGGAAAAAAAAUUUAUGCAGAUCCAAUGCAUAUGUUGGAAUCUAUGUGAAGCAAAGCUUUGGUGGUGCCUAGCUGAUACUAUACAAAAGCUUGUUUGGUUUGAUUUGACAAGUUUUAUGUAGGAAUCGGAGUGGGAAAUGCCCAUUCUGGAGGAUUGACUAAUGUUGAAUUCCAAUGGCAGAUCCAGAUCAAGUUUUGCUGCUCUGUAUGGAGCAAUCCUAUUCCAAUGGCAGAGUGGGAGCGUGAGCUGUGUGUUCCAAUGGCAGAUUGGGACCAGCCGCUGAUCCCGGAUUGCUCCGUGGAGCAAAAAUAUUUGCUCCGCCGAAAUUGGCAGAUUUGACCGGAAGUCCUCGUGACGUAUUUCCUUCACCCGCCUCUGCUUCCUGUCACGGUCGCCUGUUUCCGGUCGCGGGCAUCUAUGGACGACAUGGGAAACGUGGACGCCGCUUCGCGCCGUGCAAUUUUGUUCGCGCUCCUACACAGCUCCGCUCAGACAGUACAAUUUCCAAAUCGAGUGAUGAUUCUUCUGACACGGACAGUGAAAUGGGGUGGUGGGUUGCGCUUCCAAGCGCUUGUUCCUCUCUCUAUCCUAGCGCCCUCUCACUUGAUUUUCGUGUACUAAGUGCCCCCGCGGGAGCGUACGCAUUCCCUUCGCAGAUAUGGUGUGCGCACAUGAGAGCGAUCUCGGUCGGAGUGACGCGCUCCGUUCGUGAUCCGGCCGAGCGCUCGCGAUCUGCCAUUGGAAUUCAACAUAAGAACGGUGCAUACCCAGAGCAAAAAGUGGGUGGUUUAAUCGAAGAAUCCAUUAAAGAUAAUUCGCCAUUCCAUUAACAGAUUGGUGUUCUUCAGAGAUGCUUGUGGGCUGACACUAUAUGUUGAGGUUUUAAGCAGGAAGUAAAGUUUUGGUUGAGCAGAACAAAGGUGGGCAUACUUGGUCAGCACACAAGGGUUACAUAAGCCACUUUGCGGGUACUUUCCUAUAACAUUUGUAUUUAUAUUCACAAAUAUAUCAGCGAGAUAGCCAUGCCAAACCCAGGAAAAUAGGCAAAGAAAGCUUUGCUUUGAACAUCUUACUGCUUAGGUCAAACCAAGAGAUUUUAACACAUUACAGCAACCUAGCAUAUCACUGCUAUAUUUUUUUGUACAAGCACUCUAACUGGGCAUCAUUUAUUUUUGUUUGUUUUAUGUACAGGGACCAGGUUCUUAUUAGCUUCCUAGUCAUGAAUCAGUCUGAACACAAACUUUUGCAUUUCAUGUAAUGCUGUUGUAGGGGAAUGACAAACAGCAGUCUACCGAUUACCUAGUCAGGUGUGAAUGAGUGUACAGAUAUUGUAUGCAUAAUAUUUUUAACUUAUUUCAGCUGUUGUAUUAUUCCAAACUGCAAGCUUUGAAGUACCUUACCAUAAAAUGCAUUGCUCUUGAAGCCUUGCUUGCUGACAGCAUGACGAUUCACAGAAAAUGUCUAAAGCAUAACUCUGAAAUUAUGAAGUUCUUUACUUGUUGACUACACAUGUGAAAAGAACAUCUACGUGGUAUGGUGUUGUGUACACAUUAAACAUGUAAAUUUCUUGUUGUACUAUUGUGCAGAGUGUAUAUAUUGAGCAUGUUGUGUUGAAAAGAAUCCACAAAUUUCUUUCUGUAGAGACAGAAGAGUGAGUGAGAAAUGCUAUAUAUGUAAAUAGCAGAUUUAAUCAGUGGUUACUUUUGAAAAAAUAAAGAGAAUCUAUAUAUCUGUA